AUGUCGAACGAUAAUACAACUACCACUGAUGCAACUUCACAACUUAUCGAUUUAACAGUAGAUAACCUUACAAAAAAUGUAAAAUUGGUGAAUAGUCAAACACCUAAUGCACGACUAAAAUUUUUAAUGGAAAAAUUAGUAGAUUAUCUUCAUAAUUAUGUACGUGAAACUCGACUUACAACUGAAGAAUGGAAUGAAACAAUUAAAUUUUUAACUGAAUGUGGACAUAUGUGUACUGAUAUUCGACAAGAAUUUAUUUUAUUAAGUGAUAUAUUAGGAGUCGGUGUUCUUGUUGAUGCACUAAACAAUCCUAAACCUGCAAAUGCUACAGAAUCCACCGUUUUGGGACCAUUCUAUACCGAUGAUGCACAAGAUGUAGUCAAUGGUGAUAGUAUUGCAUCACCAGACAAAGGAGAAAUAUGUCUUGUACUUGCUACAGUUAAGGACACCAAAGGCAAUCCAAUUGAAGGAGCCAAGAUUGAGGUUUGGGAAGCGGAUAAUAACGGUCGUUAUGAUAACCAAUAUGAUGAACGAGAUAGACCAGAUAUGCGUGGUCGACUUACAUCGAACAAAAAUGGGGAAUUUUUUUUUAAAUGUGUCAAACCAGUAUCAUAUCCUGUACCUAUUGAUGGUCCCGUUGGAAAUUUGUUAGAAAAACUUCAUCGAACUGCUUAUCGACCAGCACAUAUACAUUUUCGUAUUCAUGUUCCAGAAAAUAUAUAUGAUGAUUUAGUUACAGCAUUGUACAUCAGUGGUGAUCCGUAUGAAUCAAAUGAUGCUGUUUUCGCUGUUAAAAAAAGUCUUAUUGUAAAUGUUGGAAAAGUAGAAGAUAUAUCAGUGGCAAAGAAAUAUAAUGUUAUUGAACAAGAUUGGUUGAUUAGAUAUGAUUUUGUUCUGACUACAAAAGACGAAACUCAAAUACUGCUCGCAAUACCUACAACCGAUUAA